AUGAAGCUCCCCGCCGUCACCCUCGCCCUCGUCGCCGCUGCCCUCAGCGCACCGACCCCAAUUAAGCGCGAUGACCUGGCCGCCGUCAACAAGCGCACCUUCGGUCUCCUUGCCAGCCUUGCCGGCCACGGCGGCCUCAGUGGCCACGCUGGCCUUGCAGGCGAUGCCAGCGCCAGUGAUGAAGAUUGCGCUGAGGGAUCUGCAGGCGGCAGCGCGGGCCUCAGUGGCUCUGCUGGUCUCGGUGGCCAUGCCGGUCUUAGUGGCUGGGGCGGUCUGAGCGGCAGUGGUAGCUCCUCCGGUCACGCUGGCCUUGGUGGAUGGUCUGGUCUUAGUGGAAGUGGCGAUCUUAGUGGUGGAUUGGAAGGUUCUGGUAGUGCUAGCGGUUCUGCUGGCAUUGGGGGUUCUGGGUCAGCUGGAGGGUCUGCGGGUAUUGGCGGCUCUGGCAGCGCCGAAGGCUCUGCUGAAGGCUCUGCUGAAGGCUCUGCUGAAGGCUCGACUGGUGGCUCUGCUAGUGGCUCAGGUAGCAUAGGAGGAUCUGGAUCUGCAGGCGGUUCUGCUGGCAUUGGGGGUUCCGGUUCUGCUGAAGGGUCUACUGAAGGCUCUGGCAGUAUUGAAGGUUCUGGCAGCGCUGGAGGCUCCGCGGAAGGUUCUUCUGAAGGCUCCAUUGGUGGUUCUGUAGGAGGAUCUGGUAGCAUCGAAGGGUCCGACAGUGCUGGUAGCUCUGGCGAGUCUGGAUAUGGCUCCGACUGUGACGAUAGUGAUGUCUCUUCCACGACUGGUGAUGAGGAAUCUGACAGCGGUGACGCAUCUGACACCGGCGAAGGUGAUGCGAGUGCCGAGGGUUCUGGCAGUGCAGACGCCUCUGGCGACGGCGAAGGCUCAGCUGAUGUUGACGGUGAUGGCAGUGCUUCUGCAUCCGGGGAUGGGGAAGGUUCGGCUGAUGUCAACGGUGACGGCAGUGCUUCAGCCUCCGGCGACGGUGAGGGCUCUGUGAGUGUUGACGGUGACUCUGGAAGCGCUUCUGCCUCUGCCAGUGGCCAUGGCUCCGCCAGCGUUACGGGCUCUGGCAGUGCCUCGGCCUCAGGAAGUGGAAGUGCCUCAGCCAAUAUUAACUAA